CCCAAAUGGUUGUCAAAAUUUCGGCGAAGGUUGUGAGGACUUUGGAGAUGUAAAAUUUGACCUAGUUUAAAGAGAAUUACUUCACUAUGACGGAACACUCAAAACUGACUUCAUUUUGCAAAUGGCGGUUUGUUUUACACGUUUGCUGCCACAGAUGCGAGUUGAUGUAGAAUGAGAAAAUAAUAAAACAUAAUGGCAGAGGACAACUGUAGUUUAGAUCAAGUAGAGACAGAAGAUGAGAUAGGAAAGAUAGAAGAUGGAAAAGGUGUGCAUUUAGUUGAUGGAGAAAGUGGCACAGUAAUUACAGGGAUUUUGGGAGAAGGAGAAGGGCACAUGAGUCAUUCAGAUAGCCUUGGGGGAGGUGAUAGUUUGGAUAGCAGCUUGUUGCAGUCCAAUGCAAAUGUCCAUGUGGAGACUAUAGAGGAUGAGGAUAAACUGAGCCAUGUGAUCAUUUAUGCACAGGCUGACCCAGGAGGAGACAGCCAGCUAGGACAGGCGGAGAACCUAGAUGGGCAUCCCCCACGUAAGAGAUACAGGGUAGAACAGGAGGACGGGCAGACAUACAUACUUACAGUGACAGAUCCUGAUGGGAAUUACGCCUUAGAAGCAGCAGAAGAUGGUGAAGAUGUGACAGAUGCCAGUGCUUCUAGUUCAGGUGUGGCAUCACCUAAGCCAACAGAUAUCACGCAGUCAUGGUUUACAAACAAGGAGGAGAAAUCUGCUCUGCACAGCAAAGGUGUAAAAUGGAAACAAGGUCAGUGGUCCAAAGAGGAAGUUGAUCUUCUUCAAAUGAACAUCGUCAACUACUGCAAGUCCCAUGGCAUAGCAGACCCCACCGAGAUCAUCUUUGAAAUGUCAAAGGAUGAGCGCAAGGAUUUCUAUCGCCGUAUAGCUGUUGGCCUGGAGCGCCCCCUGUUUUCUGUCUACAGGCGUGUGAUUAGGAUGUAUGAUCAGAAGAAUCACAUGGGGAAGUACACGCCGGAGGAAAUUGAAAAAUUAAGGGAGUUGAAGGUAAAGUAUGGCACGGACUGGGCGCGGAUUGGGCAGGCUCUGGGCCGCAGUGCAGCCUCUGUCAAGGACAGGUGCCGACUGAUGAAGGACACCUGUAACUCAGGCAAGUGGCUGAAUGAUGAAGAGAAGAGACUGGCAGAGGCAGUGAUGUCUCUAACAGGGGGAAAGCAGGGUGACAGUGUGACCAGUGGGCUGUCCUGGGCAGCUGUGGCCGACCACGUGAAGACCAGGUCAGAGAAACAGUGCCGGACAAAAUGGCUGAACUACCUCAACUGGAAGAAUAAAGGAGGAACAGACUGGACACGAGAUGAUGACAUACAGCUCACUCUCAGAAUCAUUGAGAGUGGAGUAAAUGAUGAGAAUGAAGUUGACUGGGAGGGAUUGACAAGGAAUUGGAGCAGUGCCAGGUCCCCACAGUGGCUACGAGGAAAAUGGUGGCAGCUCAAGAGACAUGUGCCUGAUUACCAUGCCCUAAGUCUUCAAGAGAUAGCUGCCAACCUGAGUGAAAUGCAUUCCCAGAACAUCCGCAGUAAACCUCAGACCAACGCCGUCAGGUUUACCGCACUGCCUCGUGUCAGUGUGGUACAGCAAGCUGGUGGUACAGGGGUGCUCCAUGUACCCAUUACUGUACAGUCAGGUGAGUAUGGUACAGUGUGGUACAGCAAUGGGGUGGUACAGGGGUGCUCCAUGUACCCAUUACUGUACAGUCAGGUGAGUAUGGUACAGUGUGGUACAGCAAUGGGGUGGUACAGGGGUGCUCCAUGUACCCAUUACUGUACAGUCAGGUGAGUAUGGUACAGUGUGGUACAGCAAUGGGGUGGUACAGGGGUGCUCCAUGUACCCAUUACUGUACAGUCAGGUGAGUAUGGUACAGUGUGGUACAGCAAUGGGGUGGUACAGGGGUGCUCCAUGUACCCAUUACUGUACAGUCAGGUGAGUAUGGUACAGUGUGGUACAGCAAUGGGGUGGUACAGGGGUGCUCCAUGUACCCAUUACUGUACAGUCAGGUGAGUAUGGUACAGUGUGGUACAGCAAUGGGGUGGUACAGGGGUGCUCCAUGUACCCAUUACUGUACAGUCAGGUGAGUAUG